UUGUGUGCGCAACAACUGACAUUUAUUCUUUGGCAAACACGUGCUAGCUGCUUUAUUUGUGACAUAACCUCGUUUCAACCUCUCGUGAUAACAAGCCUUACUGGAUAUGGACUGCGAAUCAUCCCAGCCUGUUGGCCAAUCCCAGGACGAUACCGUGCUAAAUCUGAGCACCGAGUCCUACUUCACCGUCGACUGGAAGCAAGAAUUUCAAGCGGACACCGAGCAAGCCAUCCUGAACCCAUACCCAACGGACAAGGUCAUGCCGGCGAUCACGCGGUUGCUGUCGAGUCUGUGCGAACGGUUCCAGCUUUCCCACAGCAUUGAGUUCUCCGCCAUCGACACGUUGGAACAACUGCUGGUGAAGGUUCUAGCUGCUCAUGAUGAUUCGGCCGAGGAGAACUUUCUUCAGCAGGCGCCUUUGUACGUGCUCACGGUGCUCAAUCUGGUUGGGAAGUACUUGAACUCCAGCACCCUGUUGGAUCCCCGGUUGAUGCAGCAAAUACUUGAACGCAUCAACCCAGAGCUGGUUUGGAGCGAUGGGCGAUUGCGGGAAAUGGAAUUCGAUGUGCUCAAAGCGUUGAACUACAAGAUAUCUGAAUCCCUCCUGCUGGGUGCUGUGGAGCGGUUCUCAAAGGACUACAUUUUGACGCUCGGAAUAGCCCGGAAGAAUACCAUCGGCGACGUCGGGGUCAAGCUGCUGCGGGUCGUUUAUGCUCAAAAACAUGCCAUCUACAGCAGCUUGAGAUCGAGUGUGAAUUCCGAAGACAUGUUCGUGCAGUUCAAGUCAAAUCGGCUAAUCCUUGCCGCAGCGGUGGUAAUGUCCAUUCUGGAGUUGUGUCAGGUCGAUGACAAGCAGAUACAUGAUCGUGUCGUCGAGUCGCUGUCCAGGGAGUGCUUCGUGGACCCCAUGAAUAUUAUCUUCUUAAAAGAUGCCAUUUUUAACGUGAUCAACUAAUUGGGUCAUGUUUACGUGACAGGCCGCUUAGUGUAUUCACACUUUGUUGAAGUGGAACAUUAAAUUCAUUAUCUCAACUCAAAGAGUGUUGCUGUCUACACCAAAACGAUCAACUAAACGCCGUUGUACCACUUUAGCCUAAUGAACCUUAAAAAUCGCAUUACCUCGAAUGGGCUUUAAUUUUGCGCGAAAAAUAUGAUUACUUUGGCACAGAGCUGUCCGCGCAGGGUGCCUGUCAGUCAAUACACCACCCGCACCAUGCUGAAUGCUGGACCUAGAGCAAAAAUAGAUACACCUUUGGAGGGGGUUAAACCUGAUCUAUAGUGGAGGGCUGAGCAUGACGUACCCCGUGGUAGGUCCAUAAUCAUUAACGUUUAAAUGAAUAUGCAUUACAUCAGCACGGUAAGUGGGCGAAAUAUCAAUGCUGUAUUCUUGAGGUCUUCGAACGAGUUCUGAAGAUAACAUUUAUGAUUGAUUCUUCCUUGUACAGCAACACGAACCGCACCUCAACACACUUCCCUUAAUCCGAUUAAAGUUAAAAAAUGAUGUUGUUUUAAGUUGUCUGGCGUUGGCAUGCAAUACUUCCUUCUUGGCCAUUCCGAAUUCCUAGCCUGACACACGGUCGAGCAAUUGCCAAUCCCAGACAACAACCCAAAUCGUCAUUACUGCCAAAGAAGGGACGCGGGCGUGUGUCGCCACAACUGAGCGCCUGAACCAAAGUUCUGAUCGUGGGUGGACGCUUGCUACUAAUUUGUAUCGGCCGGGAAUUGAUGUUGACCUUUGGCGGAAAGCGAAAGUUGUUUCACGAUCGUUUGUUUGAAUGUAGAUCAGUUUUGUUCUUUUUUGGGAGGAUCGAACAAUUACACGGUACGACAAAAAUGUGAAUGGAAAAUUAUUGUUAGUUCUAAUAAACUAAAUAUGAAACAAGACAGCGUUAAACAGGGGUGACCAAAGAUCAUGUAAAAUGGCCCUUGAUCCACGUGUAAAAUGAUUUUAUAAUUUAAAAAAAAAGGUUUGGUUCAAGCUUUUUCAGUAAACAUUUUUGUAUGUUAAUUUAAAAGUAAUGGCUGAUCCGUGCUUUGAUCACGAUUAUACAACACAAAUAUGUUGUUGAAAAAUCUAUCUUUGGCUGUUACAAAUUUUAUCAAAGUUUUUGUCAAGUCAAGUAAGAAAAUAAAAAAAUGAUUUUUAUUUGUUUAUGAUCAUAUUAUCCGAAGCCCCAUGCAAACCUUCGGAUAAUCGUACUUCGGAUAGUCGAAACUUCGGAUUAUCGAGGCUUCGGAAAAUCGAGUAUGAACUGUAUUACUUUUGAUUUCUGUUUUCGUCAUAAAAUGGAGCAGGGAUGGAAUAAUCGCAAAAAAAUCAAUCUCGCUUGUGAACUUUCUUCACCCGCGAAAAAGAGAGGAUGCAAAUCACGCAAAAGAAAAUCGCUCCCGAACUUCUCCAAGAAAAUCAAUCUGCUGAUGAUUUCUUGUGAAUUUCUUUGUCAGCACCACUUAAA